UGUGUCAUGGAGCUUGUAGAACCAACAAUGGGGAAAGAAAAUAGCAAAGUUGUAGUUUUGGAUUUUUGGGCAAGUCCUUACGCUAUGAGGACGAAGAUUGCGUUGAGAGAGAAAGGAGUUGAGUUUGAGGUUCAGUACAUCGACGAGACGUGGACCGAUGCUGCAUCUUUCUUGCCCACUGAUCCUCAAUCUAGAGCCACUGCAAGGUUCUGGGCUGAUUUUGCUGAUAAAACGAUAUCAUUUGAAGGAGGGAAAAAGAUUUGGGGAAACAAGAAAGGAGAAGAACAAGAGAAAGGCAAGAAAGAGUUUCUUGAGAGCUUGAAGGUUCUUGAAGCUGAGCUUGGAGACAAACCUUACUUUGGAGGAGAGACCUUCGGUUAUGUAGACAUAACUCUUGUCCCAUUCUACAGUUGGUUCUACGCACUCGAGAAAUGUGGUGACUUCUCUGUCGAAGCUGAGUGUCCGAAGAUCGUGGCUUGGGGAAAGAGAUGUGUGGAACGAAACAGUGUUGCUGCUUCAUUACCUGAAUCUGAGAAAGUUUAUCAACAAGUCCUUAAGCUCAGACAGAUUUUUGGUGUUGAAUGAAUGCAGUUAAAAAAAACAAAGACUUCUUCUAAUGUUUUCACUUUUUCAAUUUUCUGUUUUAUCUUUGUUUGUUUUUCGCUUCUGGUGUAUGUAUGAUUCAUCUAUUUAAAUGGUCUAUGGAGAUGUUUUAUUAACCAAAAAAUUGUCUGCCUCCGAAGGAUAAAGUUAUAAAAAGAUCAAUUAUUC